AUGGGCACCAGGGAUGCUAUCAAAUAUGCGGGCUGGGCCCUCACAGGAGCUGAUUUCGUAGCCAGCACGGUCGUCAAAAUCGUUGGCAAGAAGAAGAAAGUGAAACGACCGGUCAUCAAACGAUGGAAGGGAACAGUCAGUGCCGUCCUCUCGGUUCCAACCCUCUGUCUUUCCAUCACGGGCGAUAUCAUGGAUGCCAGCCAAGCCAGCAAGACGCAAGCCUUGAUUGUGGACGGAUUCAUAGAAACAGUAGCCUCAUUUGGCGCAACAUGGGGACAAUCGGUGGCAAGGUGGAACGACGAACUCGAAAAUUACCUCAUGUAUAUAGGGUUGGCCGCAUUUAUUUGUCUAUAUCAGCAAUGGAGCAGCAGGUAG